UUCUAUUUAAAUCAUUUAGAUUUCUUUUAAAGGUUUGAGCAAGAUCCACAAUCAUUCAAUAGAAACUAAUGGAAAAUUUUUUUGGGUAAACGGUCAUGUUUUCAGUAUCUCAAAUUACAUAGAACAUUAUUAUGUUCAUUUUAAUUAUUAAAAUAAAAUCUUUGAUUAGAAGAUAUUUAAUUAAAAUUUGAUAACACCCCCACAAAAAAAUAAUCAUUAUUUAUUAUUUUGUCGAAUGUUUGUCAAAAUGAUUAUUUUGUAAAGAAAGGGAAAACGAAACUAAUCUUCUAUCUACACGAGAACAAAAAGAAGAAACUAGAACACAAAGACCAGGGGGCAAGUAGAAACCCUAGUUUCAACUUUCAAGGUUCGAGACACUCUCUUUAUUUUUAGGGUUCCAAUAUCAGAUCGAUCGCAAUCGGUUUGUCUGGAAGCUUUGAUUCCGCCCGUUGUUGGAGCUUCUACUCGUACAGCUGUGUUCUGUUCGAUGGCGGAAGAUAAUAAUAGAAGAAACGGCGGCACUGGAGACGAUCGGAGCGAGACGAGUGAUUACUCAUCCGAGGACGAAGGGACGGAGGAUUACAGGCGCGGAGGUUAUCAUGCUGUUCGUAUUGGUGAUAAAUUUAAGCAUUCGAGAUAUAUUGUUCAGAGCAAGCUCGGUUGGGGUCAUUUUUCCACCGUUUGGCUCGCUUGGGACACUCAGAAAUCGAGAUAUGUAGCUUUAAAAGUUCAAAAAAGUGCUCAACACUACACCGAGGCAGCAAUGGAUGAAAUCACUAUAUUGAAACAGAUAGCUGAGGGGGAUCCAGAUGAUCAAAAGUCUGUUGUGAAGCUUUUGGAUCAUUUCAAACACUCAGGACCAAAUGGACAGCAUGUCUGUAUGGUUUUUGAGUAUUUGGGUGAUAACCUCCUGACAUUAAUCAAGUAUUCAGAUUACCGAGGAGUCCCUCUCCACAAGGUUAAAGAAAUCUGCUUCCACAUUUUAGGGGGUUUGGAUUACUUACAUCGCCAGCUUUCCAUUAUACACACUGAUCUUAAACCAGAAAACAUUUUACUUCUAUCCAUGAUUGAUCCAGAAAGAGAUCGAACAAAAUCAGGCACACCCCUCAUCCUCUCUUCAAGUAAAGAUCUUUUAGCUGACUCCGGGCCUUCUAAAGAAGUUAAGAAUUCAAAUGGCGAUCUCACCAAGAACCAGAAAAAGAAAAUCAAGAAAAAGGCUAAGAAGGCUGCCCAAAACGGUGCUGGAAGGGAAGAUCUUGAUGAAGUUGAACAAGACAACGAUUCAAUCAAUCCUGAUUCUUGCCCUAAUGAGAAACCAAAUGAGGUGGACUCCAUUGAAGACCAUGCUUCUUCUUCAGUUGUGAAAGAUGACUCCAAGACUCAUCCUGAUGUAAGGGAAAGGAAUCAACUUCGCGGAAGAGGGAGUCGAUCAACAAGACAAAAGCUGUUGGCUGAUGUUGAUGUUAAAUGCAAGUGUCCAGAGGUUCUACUGGGAUCCAAAUAUUCAACCUCUGCUGAUCUAUGGUCUUUUGCUUGCAUUUGCUUUGAGCUUGCAACUGGUGAUGUCCUCUUUGAUCCUCAUAGUGGUGACAACUACGAUAGAGAUGAGGAUCAUUUGGCUCUAAUGAUGGAACUUCUUGGAAUGAUGCCUCGAAAGAUAGCUUUAGGUGGGAGAUACUCGCGUGAGUUUUUCAACAGACAUGGGGAUUUGAGGCAUAUAAGGCGAUUGCGGUUUUGGCCUUUGCAUAAGGUGCUUAAGGAGAAAUAUGAGUUUAGUGAACAAGAAGCGACUGAUUUGGCUGAUUUUCUUGUUCCUAUUCUUGAUUUUGUCCCUGAGAAAAGGCCUACAGCUGCUCAAUGCCUUAGUCAUUCAUGGUUCACUGGUGGACCUCGGGUCCUUACUCCCAAGGCGGAUGUUGUUGUUGAUGAUGAUAAUAAGAGUUGUGAGAAAAACACCAUCAAAACAAGCUUCUUAAGUUGUCUGGGCUUAGCAGUUGAUAUUUUUGACCGUGGAUGGGGAUUUUGUGCAUCAGGGGGAUUUGCUUGGAUUGGUAUGAUUUAUGAUGAUCCCAAACCAAUUGUACAUCUUAUUGGACUGGGUCCGUGA